CACUUUAUUCUUACAUUACAUUUUUACAUUUCAAUACAUUAUUAUUAUUACACUGCCACCACCAUAACAUAACUAUAUAUUCCAUCAAAUUUCAUUUUCUUUUAUCAUAUUCAUACCUUCAUUCAUUCAUUCAUUCUUCUUUUGAUUUAUUCAGCUGAUAUGAGACUUGAAGAGAGUGGAAGUUACAGUUGGCUAAGGCUAGGCAUGUACUAUGGCCUAUACUGGUGAUUCCCAGGCAAUGUGUGAAAGAAGAAACAACUACGGAAGCUUAAGUUAUAACUCGCACAAAACAAAUAAGAGGGAUUAUUGUUGUAGGAGUAGAAGCUCCUUUAUGGAAUUUGAAUCAAAUUGGAGCACUAAUAGAAAGUCAUCUGCUUAUACAUCUCACGUGAUUCGAACUGCAAAAUCUUGUAUGCCUUGGUCUUGUAGAAUUCCGAUUGUUGAAUGAUAUCACGAGUUUCAUUAGUUGGUUGAUAGAUACUCAAUAAGACAUUUUUUCAUUCAUUGAUUGAUUCAUUCACCGAUUCUUCAUCAUACAUAAGAUUGUGUGUAAUUGCUGAUUUGAAAAAUGCCUGGUUUUGUUGCUGGCAAGAAGAUGUUUUCGAAGAAAAAUAUGAGUUUUUCCAAUUUGGCGGAUCAAAAUAUGUCAACUCUUUCGAAAGGUGAUCAUAGUAUGAGGUCCGAGGCUCUGGAUGACGCUGAUGAUGAUGAUGGCUUUAUUCUUCCUGGACUUUCUGAUGAUGUUUCAAAGUAUUGCCUUGCGCUUGUGCCUCGUUCUAACUUCCUAGCUAUGGGCGAUGUGUGUAAGAGAUGGAGGCGUUUCAUUCAAAGCAAAGAAUUCAUAACCGUGAGAAAAUUGGCUGGGCAGCUUGAGGAAUGGCUCUAUAUCUUAACAGCUGAUAGUGAAGGAAAAGGAAGUCAUUGGGAGGUUAUGAAUUCUUUUGGUCAUAAUCGCCGAUCUCUUCCACCUAUGCCUGGUCCAGGGAAGGCUGAGUUUGGUGUUGUGGUUCUUAAUGGAAAGCUUCUUGUUAUGGCUGGCUAUUCAUCCAUUGGUGGAACUAUUUCUGUUUUGGCAGAGGUUUACCAAUAUAAUUCUAACCUCGACAGUUGGAUCAGAUUGUCGAACAUGAAUGUGGCUCGGUACAACUUUGCUUGUGCAGAAGUCAAUGGCUUGGUUUAUGCUGUUGGAGGAUAUGGAGCAGAAGGUGAUAGUCUCUCAAGUGCCGAAGUCUAUGAUCCCGAUACUGACAAGUGGACAAUGAUUGAGAGCUUACGUCGUCCAAGAUGGGGUUGUUUUGCCUGUGGAUUUGAGGGUAAGCUCUAUGUGAUGGGUGGAAGGUCAAGCUUUACAAUUGGAAAUUCCAAGUUUGUUGAUGUUUAUGACCCUGAGAAGCAUACGUGGCGUGAGAUGAAAAAUGGGUGUGUCAUGGUCACUGCUCACGCGGUACUAGAAAAUAAGUUAUUUUGUAUGGAGUGGAAGAAUCAACGGAAGUUAUCGAUAUUUAAUCCAGAUGAUAAUUCAUGGAAAAUGGUACCGGUACCUCUGACGGGUAGUUCAAGUGUAGGUUUUAGAUUUGGGAUACUGAAUGGUAAGCUUUUGCUGUUUUCAUUGAAGGAAGAUCCUACAUAUAGGACUUUGUUGUAUGAUCCAAAUGCAGCGCCGGGGUGUGAGUGGGGGACUAUUGAUAUAAAACCAUCUGGUUUGUGCUUGUGUAGUGUUACUAUCAAGGCCUGAAAGGGUUUACUGCCUCUGAAUUAGAGACCUUGAUAGUGUUCUAUGUUGUUUUACUAGUACUUAUGAUUGUAAUGUACAUAGUUAUGAAAAAAGUUUGCGACCACAAUUUUGGCUGCAGCAUGAAGUUUUUUAUGUCUAUGAAUAUGAUUGAGAUUGAGAUCAAAUCAGUUGUAUUUUACUGUGAUUUAAAAGUUUGAUAAUAAUGACUGUGUUGUGUCCCUGGAAUUAUAUGCAUAUCAGAUGUUUUAAUUUAUA